UACAGUUCUGAAACCCCGCCCAUCUCUUUCACCUCUCCGCACAAAGGUGCGUCUAUAUCUACACAGGAACAAGAACAAUAAAAAACAGCAGAUAAGAAGCCAACUUAACUCUCCCAAAGCUUCACAAAGGACAAGUUGGCAAUACUUUUUGAAAGAAGGGCGACAGACUGGCGACCUGACCAGGGUGACCCCGCCUCUCGCCCGGAACAUUGGCUGGAAAAAUGCACCAGCACCUCCCAACCCCAUCAGGGACAGGGGUGUAAGAAAAUGGGUGGAUGGGUGGAAUUAAUUCCCCCGCUCCGCUCGAUGGAUUUACAUGCAGCCGACAAACAGGAAAACAACUGUGACUUAUAAAACAAAAAGAGGUAAGCCCGAACCCGCUGGGCGAAGGCCGCAUGCUGGAUCCAGCGGCGAGCCCGGACCGGGCGUCCACACCCGCUGACUGCCGCAUCUGCCUGGAUGAGUUCAGCAGCCCGGCGUCUCUCCCCUGCGGACACCGCUUCUGCCUGGAGUGCAUCGGGGAGUACUGGAGGCUCGGCGAGAGCUGCCAGUGCCCGCUCUGCAUGGCGGUCUUCCCCACCCGGCCGCCGCUCAGGACCGAGCGAGCCGAGAGCGAAGCCGCGCCGCCGCUCAAAGCGGGAGAGGUCCCGUGCGACGUCUGCCCGGCGCGGCGGGCCGCGGUGCGGUCCUGCCUGGACUGCCUGGCCUCGUACUGCUCCGCUCACCUGCGGCCGCAUUAUCAGACGGAGGACCUCGGGCGCCACCUGCUGGUCGGCGUGGCGAAGAACCUGGAGGACUCGAAGUGUGGGCUGCACGGGAGGAAGCUGGACAGGUUCUGCCGCAGCGACCGAACCUGCGUGUGCGCCACCUGCGCCAGGACGGAGCACAGAGGCCACCAUGUUGUUUCUGUCAGCAAGGAAGCUGCCAAGAACAAGACUAAACUGAAGCGCAGACGACUGAAGCUUCAGCAGGAGAUCCAGGAGAAGCUGAGCGUGGCUGAGGACGCGGAGCGGACCGCAGGCCUCCGCGGAGCAGAACCUCCAGCAGAACUUCGGGCGCAGAGCAGGAAGCUGGUCAAACAGCUGGAAGAGGAGAUCAGCGAGCUGCAGGAGAGGAACGCGGAGCUGGAGCAGCUCUUACAGACCGAAGACAACCUUCACUUUCUGCAGCGAUUCCUACACUCCUGUUCAUGAAUGGAACGACAAGCUGCUCGACAUCUGUGGACCAAAAAACUAACAUUGUGACAUAUAAAUAUAAAUAUAUAUAUUUUGUUCUAUAAAGAUGUAAACUCUG